AUGGCAGCACCAGCAACAGGAGAUGAUCUGAAGAGCGCCAUCAACACUGGCAAUGAAGGUUACGAUCGAUGGACGUUGAAAGACAAUUCAACGAUUGAUUAUGGAUUCUUGGCCAGUACAGGAGGCGCGAAAAUUGCCGAGGAAAAAGAAGGAUACUACAUCACUACGGCUAUUAAUUACACCAAUGGUCCCGCCCACAUGGGACACGCAUAUGAGGCUGCUACCUCCGAUGUGAUUGCUCGGUUUGAGCGUUUGAAGGGCGACAAACCGGCCUACUUUGUCACAGGUUCGGAUGAACACGGACAAAAGAUUGCGGAAACAGCUGAAAAACAGGAGAAAGCCCCUCAAGAUAUUUGUGAUCAUUUCUCGACUGGAUUCAAGUGUCUGAAUCAAAGAGUCUUGAUUUCAAAUGAUGAUUACAUUCGAACCACCAGUGAUCGCCAUAAGCGUACGGCUCGUGAGCUUUGGAAGAAGUGUAACGAGAAUGGCGAUAUUUACUUGGAUAGCUACAAAGGGUGGUACAACGUUCGUGAGGAAUCCUUUGUUCCUGACAAUGAAGCCGAGAUGAACGACUUUAAGGAUCCUACUUCUGGAUUACCUUUGAAGCGAGUAGAAGAAGAAUCAUACUUUUUCAAAAUGUCGGCAUACCAUGAAAAGUUGGUCCAACACAUUAAGGACAACCCAAACUUUAUUCGUCCCGAACAGCAUCGCAACAACAUUUUGACGAGAUUGUCGGAGGAUGCAUUGAGAGACUUGUCAAUCAGUCGUACUACCUUCUCUUGGGGGAUCUCAGUACCAGAAGGAUUCGCGGAUAAUCACGUCAUGUAUGUGUGGAUCGAUGCCUUGUCCAACUAUUUGACCGGCGUUAAUGGAUUGGGUGUCAAUGGUGAUGGCUCCAUUGGAGGAUUGGACAGAUUCUGGCCUGCUGAUGUUCAUAUUAUUGGAAAGGAUAUCUUGUGGUUCCAUACUGUGAUUUGGCCAUGCUUGUUGAUGUCUGCGGGAAUUCCAUUACCCAAGACUGUAUUUGCGCAUGGAUUCGUGAAUGAUAAAGAAGGCAAGAAAAUGUCCAAGUCAUUAGGCAAUGUUGUUGACCCACAUGACAUGCUGGACAAGUUUCACGUUGAUUCCUUCCGUUGGUACCUGUCUAAGGAAGCUCCCUAUGGAGGCGAACUAUCCUUCAACGAACAAUCCAUGCGCGACAUGCACAAUGCGGAUCUGUGUGAUACUCUUGGCAACCUGGUACAUCGUGCUACCAACUUGUGCAAGAAGUACUGUGAUGGCGUCGUUCCAGAUGUUCCAGCGCCCGAAAAGUUACCAAUCGAUCUGGAAGCCAUCUGUGAUGCUUAUUUGAAAAAGAUGAAUGAUUUCGAACUACAAGGAGGUGCCAAUGUGGCCAUCCAAGGCUUCCGCGACGUGAAUGGAUAUUUGCAAGACGAGGCUCCAUGGCUGAAGAAGGGCGAUGAAUUCAUUGAAUUCCGCCAACAAGUCGUUCGCACCACGCUGGAGUCAAUUUAUGCUUUGAGUCACCUGCUAUUGCCGUACUUGCCUGUGGGGGCAGGAAAAAUCUUCAAGAAGCUUGGAAAGGAUCCAAUUACAUUACAUGAAUUGAAGCGCGACUGCCGAAACCUCGACUCUGGGUCUGCAAUUCAAAUUGGCGAAGUACUAUACGAAAAGUCGUUUUCGGACGAAGAACUAGCAAACAAGAAUGAAGCUUCCACCAAGAAGAAGGAGUCAUACGAGGAAGCUCAACGUCGAAAGAAAGAGAAGAAGGCAGCUGAGAUCGCCAAAGCAAAGCAAGGACAAGCAUCUGGAGACCCGAACCAGCCUGAAUUCACAAAGAUGGAAAUCAGAGUGGGAAAGAUCACCAAGGUCUGGAAUCACGAAGACGCGGACAAGCUAUUAUGCGAAGAAAUUGAUAUUGGUGAAGAGACUCGAGAAAUUGCAUCUGGGCUUCGUGAGCACUACACACUCGAGGAUAUGCAAGACCGAUUAGUCCUUGUUGUGUGCAACCUGAAGGCUUCCAAGAUUGUUGGAUUUUCUAGUAACGGAAUGGUUCUUGCAGCAAAGGGAGAAGACAAGGUGGAGCUAGUCACUCCUCCAGAAGGCUCCAAAAUUGGAGAACGAGUCUUCAUUGAAGGUCUCACUGGGGAACCGCAAUCUUCUGCGCAGGUCAAGAAGAGGAAAACGUGGGACAAAGUAGCCAAGGGUCUUAAGACUGGCGAUGGUGGUAUAGCCACCUGGGAUGGGAAAACUAUCCAAACAUCAGCAGGAGCAUGUACAGCAGCUUCGUUGGUGGGCGCUCCAAUCUCAUAA